GAAGAGAGCAGCUAUAGGAAAGGUCUGAGCCUCCAGGACCAGGACCAGGACCCAGGACCCAGGACCAGGACCAGGACCCAGGACCAGGACCAGGACCAGGACCCAGGUCAGACCCAAGACCAGAGACCAGAAUCGGGACCCCAGAGCCGGAGCAGCCUCGUCCACCAUGUCUGAGUCCAUCAGGAGGAAGAGCUCCAGCAGGGAGCUCCUGCAGAACCUCAUCAGCGUGACGGCCCAGCGGAGCCAGGAGGACGCCGAGGAGGUGGAGCGGGAGCAAAGGAGGAGAGCCCGGGAGACGCAGAGGGGAGAGGGGAGCCCCCCGAGGCCGGAGCCCCCCCGCCGCCACGACACGCCGCGCCACGACAUGCCGAGCAAUGAGACGCCGCGCCAUGACACGCCGCGCCACGACACGCCGCGCCACGACACGCCGAGCAACGAGAUGCCACACAACACGGCGCCGGACGAGGAGCUGAAGCCCCGGAGCCGCCUGGUUCUGGAGGAGGAUGAGGGCUUCAGCGACUGGAGCCACCGGUUGGAGAAUCGCGGUGAGCAGGAGGUGCAGAAGGAGCGCCGGGCCGGGCUGCAGAGACCCACGAGGAGGAAACCACGGCCUGAGGAGGAGCAACGGCAGGAGGGCGGAGAGGAGGUGAAGGAGGAGGAGGAGGAGGGAUGUCGGUCACAGGAAGCUUCGACGAGACCUUCAGAGAAGGUCUCCAUCGACGGAAAGGAAGUCAAGACGACCUACAGCUCCAAGGUCUUCCUGUCACAUGACGCCCGGCCGCCGCACGCCGCGGACAGGACGUCCCACCUGGUGGCCGGGACCAUGAGGCCGCGCGGCGGGGCCUGCAGGGUGGAUGGGGAGGCGCAGCAGGAGGUUCACCAGGAGGUUUACCAGGAGGCGCAGCAGGAGGCGCAGGCUGCUGAGCAGAGGCAGCCACAUAGAGCUCCCCCCAGAGAUGAAGAUGACCAGGAGGAAGAAGAGAAGGAAGACCUCCAUCUCACGAGGGAGGAGAAGCACAGAGAGGAGGAGGAGGAGCAGCAGGAGGAGCAGCAGGAGGAGCCCAGGAUGCCAGAUAAGAGCUGGAUGGAGAGCAGCAGGAGGAGCAGCAGGAGGAGUGAGGAGGGGAACCCGGCUGAUGAAGACGAGGAGCCGGUGAACUACGGCCCCAUGAGCCCCACAUUCAAGAAGCUGCUCAUUCAGUUCUACCCCGAGGAAGUGACCCACCGCGCCGCCACGGACGCCAAGUGCUCGAUCAUGGAGCGGACCGAGUCUCUGAGGAGGAGCGGCGGCAGCGUGAAGAAGACGCUGACGCCCGUCGCCGUUUCCAAGAUCGACAAGAAGCUGGAGCUGUACGCUCACGCCCUGCAGGUCUCCACGCAGGAAGGCAGGUCGGCGGGUCAGGCGCCGGCGGACCUGGCGAGUCCCACCGAGCCCGUCUCCUCCAAGAAGAGCCUGUUCGAGGCCGGAGAGGCCCGGAGCCACACCGCCGCCACGCCGUCUAAGGAUGCAGACGGUGUCAAAGUGGGCGUGGCUAACCUGAUCAACCAGUGGGUGAGAGGAGGUGAAGACGGCAGCAGGUGCAGCUCGCCCUCCAGACCUGCGGAGAACUCCUCCGGGAAGAAACACAAGUUCUUGGUGACGGGACACGGAAAGUACCAGAAGGUUCCUGUGGACCGGGACUGCAGCGAGGAGGCCGGCUGCUCGCCAGCUGGAGCGUUCUGUGAAGACUUGUGAACCAGCUGCUGGAGCUUGAAGACCUCCGGACGACGGCGAGUCGAUCCGCACAACGCUUCUCCGCUUCUAUCACGGCUUCAUUCUGUGUUUCAGGCUGCAGGUUGGAAAUGUACUGACGUCCUGUUGUCCUGACACGUAUCAUUUUACAAUAGCGAGUCUUUUUAUUCUCUUCCUUUUCUCUUCUAAAUAAUAAUCUCAGCAUUGGUAAAUAUUUUGUCUUCAAAUGAAAUAAUUCAAUUAAACAAAUUCCUGAUGUUC